AUGGCUGCCUCUGAAGUGGAAGAAGUUUCUAAACGGUUAAUUCAAGCCGUGGAAACGGCGUUGGAUCCUUCGACUGUUCAGCAGCAGAGAGUUAAAGCUUAUGAGGUGAGUUUUAAGUGAUCUCCAGAAGACUCACUUCGAAAUGAUGCUGAAUAUCGAUGUUCAAAGAAGAUGCACGUUUCCAAGAAUAACAGUUCUUGCCAAUUGAAGCUUGUAGUACGUUUUCCAGGCCAUGUGAUGUUACCCAAAGAACUGUUUCUUUCAAAUGUUGCACUAUCCAAGUACAUAUCCGUGCAUAACUAAUGAAAAGACAAAAGGCAAAUUCCCUUGAGAACAUCGCGUGAUCUGAAUUGGGAAAAUAAAACCUACAAGCUAAAAAUGUCUAUUAUGUGUGUUUGACAUAACGUAAUCAUUUAGAGUGCGUUUCAUUGGGACAAUAACUGACGAUUCCACUCUGGGAAAGGAUUGAUCAGUUGAUUCUGAUGUAUCAUGAUCCGAGUGAUCUCAGAUCAUUGAUCCUGAUCUGCAUCAUCCCAAAGGAACGCACACUUCGUAAAUGAGUUAAGAUUAGCAGUAAAAAGAUAGACAUGAUGACUUUUACGACCGUUAAACGAGGUUCAUGUUUGUCACACAAAGCUUGUCAUAGUAUCCCUGUUAAAAGUAACUUGUUUUUAGGUUGAUUUCUUUCAACCUAGGUUGUUUAGUUUUAACCUAAAACCCCGGACAAAACCAGUUGAGACAAAUCAUGAAAAUGCCUAUUUUUUCCUGUCAUCCUGGCAAAAAUUGAAACCAUUGCUAAAUGAAUGCCUGAUUUUCCCCCUCCCCUUAUCCAAAGUUGUUUAGGAUAGUAUGGCAAUUAAACAUGUUGGUUUUAGACCAAGACAACUUUGAAUAGGGUUUGGGGAGGGGACUUACUUUUUCUGUUUAGAGAAGAAGGUAGUGGGGUGCAAAAGUUAGAAAAAAUAUAUAACUGUCUCAACAGUUUUGUUCAGGGUUGUAGGUCAGUAUGGUUCGACUCCUGUUGGGAGAACUCAUAUGAGAUUACUUAGUCUUGAUUGAUAGUCCGUAAAAGUGGAAAUGCUCCAUUUGAGAAAUGUGUGAAACUUGGUUCAGGGUGCAAAGAAAAUCAUUUUUACAGCUUGCUAUUCGGGCAAGCUGAAGCUAGCAGUUACUAGCCCAGACAUCAUUUCAACUAGCCCCAGAAACUUUUUGACUAGCAGAAUUGAUUUCACAGUUCCUCUGUUAUUGAAUUCCUCAUAAAACGUCACUUGCCCGUUGGGCAAGUUAAAAAACCAAAUUCACUAGCCCGAUGGCAAAAUUCACUAGCCCCGGGCUAUCAGACACGACUUUCUUUGCACGCUGUUGGUUCCAACUAAAACUAGACACCUUUGAAGUUGGUUGCAUGACAUUGAUACAACUGUAACUGUUAAUUUUGUUUUUGCCAAACUAUCUAUUGUUGUCCUUACAUCAAAUUAAAAAACUUUGACUCCAUUUGUUUGAUAUAUUAAAGAAGAAGGAGAAUUCAAACACCAGAAAGCUCCGAAAAAUUUUCCGAGCUCCAGGUGAGAAUGCAACUCAUGACCCUCCAAGUUCUACUUCGGAUCGUCUAACCACUGAUAUUUAUUCUUAUGUCUGAUUUCUACAGUUCAUUGAGCAGUUCAAGGCAAGUUCUCCACUGUGUGUCCCUGUGGCUCUUGCUUUGUUUGAUCGGCAGAAUGCUGCUGUAAUCCGUCACACGGGACUUCAACUCCUGGAGCACACUGUCAAGUAAUGUUUAUAAGUCCUUUUUAAGUUAAAGCUGUGUUUUGAAUAAGCACGUUUAUCUGAGAAGUACACAUUUUCAUGGUUUACAUGCUCAUGAAUCUAAUUAAAUUUCCAUAACAUAGAUUCAACUGGAAUUCAAUGAGUCCAGAUGAACAAGCAGAACUGAAGAAAAUGUCUUUACGUCUACUGGCACAGGUUAGCUGAAGCAUCAAUUUCAUUAACACCUACAAUUGUACAGAUUUUGUGUUUCUGGCAGUACCAGUCAGGGAGUUAAUUUCCCUUCCAAGUUCCAUUAUGAGUGAUGAACAUCAGUUUUCUCCUAACAACAUCAAUACAUUUUCAAGAGAAAAAGGUUAUGAGAAUUAACGAAAUGAUCACUAGAGUGAAAAUGCUUUGAUCUAAAAGGUUGAUCAAAUUCUCUUUGCUGAUUCUUCAAGGACAGGGUUCGUACAGGUUUAUAACUUGUAACGUUGGUGUCCAUGUUUCUGUUUCCCUAGGGAAGUGGUAAUUUGCCAGAUGAGCCCGCUCACAUCAAAGAGCAGUUGUCGCGAAUCAUCGUGGAAAUAGCAAAGAGAGAAUGGCCACAGAAAUGGGACUCGUUGCUUCCAGACCUGAAUAGCAUAUGUGGAUUAGGGGUAAGGUCUAUUUUAACAAUUAUUCCUCGAGUCCGAAUGGGUUCUGAGUCAAUAGCCCAUGAGGCCGAAGGCCGAAUGAGCUAUUGACUCAGAGGCCAUAAGGGCGAGAGGAAUAAUUGUUUUAGUAAAAUCCGACUUGUUGGUCAAAAAAAUCAAGAAUAAAAAAAUUUUAGCUAGUUAAAGACAAACAUUAAUCCUUUUUUGCCACCAAAAAGCUAGCGCUUUUCGCUACUAGUGGGCUACAACAUACAGCCUAGCAGUCGCUCAACCAAUCAGAACACAGCAUUGAUCAUAGACCACUAGUUGGAUUUUACUAAUAUGUAUUAGCUGUUAAUAGACCAGUGAAUGAGCCAGUUUUAGCAGUUUGGUUGAUCUUGAUGAUUGCGACCAGCAAUUAUCUGUGAGAUUGCUAUGCUAUAUAGAGAAAAAUGAGAAAGGACUGGAGAGGGCAGGGAUCAACUCAAGCUCUACAAUUUAGGAAGGUGUCCAUCUUAUAAAAGUGUUCAUUACAGUUACAUGUAAGGCAAGUCAAGUGUCCCCCAGAUUUCCUGAUAUGAAAUCAAAAUCAAUUCAUUAUUUGAAAAUUGAAUCCGUUAGUGUGAUAACAUCAGAAUAAUUUUUCCAUUUUUGCAUUAUGUAAUGAGCAGUAAUUCACAUGGGAGGUAGUUAAAAUUUUUAUCAGCUCAGCUUUUUUUAAACUUGAACUUGAAAUUAAAGUCUUUAUUUGGAUUUUAUCCAUUCAAAGUUUGAAAUAUGGGGAAGUUGUGGUGUGAAAUUCUGUGCUCAUUACGCAUGCCUGAGUUUCUGACAACUUAAUAAUAAUUAACAGUACCGCUCAAAAGUCAGUGGACAGUCACUUGCGUCUCGAUCCUCGAGACGCGAGACUAUAUUCUCAAAUCUCGGAACUUUCGAGGAUAGAGCCUCGCGUCUAGAGGAUCGAGUCUCGAGUCUGUAGUAGCAAUAACUAACAGAUUUAGUUCUCAAACAUUCAGUUCAGUAAUGGAAUCUAUAAGGGUAUACUUGACCUGGCUUGUCUAUGUUACAGGUCAAAAUUAAAUUCAGGUUAACAUUUUUUAACCCAGGUUGAUUCUCAAUUUCUUUUGCCUCCUAGUCCUAAUUAUUCAUGAAUUAGGACUAGAAGACAAAGGAAUUGAGAAUCAACCAAGGUUAAAAAAAAUUGACCUUAUUUUAAACUGACCCGUACAUAUAACAUCUACAACAGAGAGUUGUUUGUAUACUUAAUUUUUUGGCAGGAUGUUCAAACUGAAACAGUGCUUAUGAUUCUGUUGCGGCUUGCUGAAGACGUGAUUUCAAUGGACAGCCACCUACAGUCCAACAGAAAGAAACAGAUUACCCAGGAGUUAAACACGCAGGCACAAGGACUGUUCAACUUUUUCAUUGAAACACUGCAGAUUAAUACAACUAAAUAUAGAACUUUAAAGGUAUAUAUAGAGUAACAAUAGUAAUAAACCUGUUACUUGUUUUUAGGGUUUUCUUCGGUGUAAAAACCUGUGAAGUUUUUCUUUGUUUUCUAGGUAUUAUUUUCCCUGGCUCUAUUGUUUUGUCUUCUCAGUAGCUUCUUUGUAUUCAUUGUUUUACGUCACUCGUGAGUUUCAGAGGUUUUUACACCAAGGAUGAACCUGUUUUUAUCAUAAAUGACCUUCCAUAAUUUCCUAGUCCUAGUUAUGGUAAGGUUAUUUGUCAUUUUGACUUUCAAAUCUGUGGAUGAAAAUAAUUUGUUAAGAAAAGGUUAAAGGCUUGUUUAUAGUGGAAGUAUAAGUGCAAAUAGCUUAUCCAGCUAGUCUACAGGUACUCCACUUAGAGAAUUAGAGACAAAAUAUUCAAAUAUAAUAUGACAGGAUUAAAAACCCCUACUGGCAGAUGGCAACCAGUUGGCUUUUACAAGUGUGGCCGAGGGUUUGAAUUCGAAUAACUGAGAAUAAAUCCGGCAAGUGGCCAGAGCACGACUUAAUCCGAGGGCCACUGUAUUGCGAGUCAGAUGCACUGACCACUCGGCCAUACUGCCUCCUUAGUGUUACCAUUCAAAUGAAACCUUUGGCAGAACAUUUGCUUCAGUAGCAUUUAUUUCCUGCAAUUUUUCUUUCUUUGGCCAUUAUUACAUGUGCAUGUAAGAGUGAAAAGGUUAACUUAAAGAAAUAUAGGUUGCAGUGCUAAGAGAUGUGGAAUUUUAUCGAAACUGCCUACAGGCAAUUCACUUUGUGAAUUUUACAAACUAUUUUUAGGCUAUGCCUUGAAGUUGUGUACUCAGUAAAGAAAAGUUUAAGAUACAGAAUUGCUGUAAUCGUACUUUAAGUCCUAAACAACUAUAUUCCUAUGUCUGGCAAAUUAUCUGUCGUCAUGUUCAAGUAAAGAGGUUGUCAUAUGCUCAUCACUUUUUUCACUAAUCAAGCUAGAUAUAUUCAAAUCCUUAAUGAUAAGUUAUGUUAAAAAGUUCAUACAUUGUAAGUUAAUGAUCUCUGAGCACUUUCCACAACUGAAGUUUUGAACCGAUUCAUAAACUUACGUUGUACACCAUGAACUGCAAUGUCUGUGGCUUGAUAAACCAAGAAUUAAUUUAGCAAAGCGAGCAUUGUUUCAUCGGGGAAACGUACCUGGCUGAGAAAAACAAAAUUGACUUGACAACAGCAUCCCACCCCCCCGCCCCCUGAACCCAAUGUUAAUACUAACUUCUCUGUAAGUAUUAAGGGGUAGGUUGUAAACAGUAUCCUAGAAUCUUAAGGUGAUUUUCCUUUUAGACAGAUCAAAAAAGAAGAAGCCUGUGGGUCAUAUGUUCAUUAUAGUUAUUAUUCUGUUACUUUUUGUCUUAACUACAGGCUUCAGUUCAUCUGCGUCUUGCAGAACAGACACUACUCACACUAACAGGAUACCUAGACUGGGUGAAGUUUGCAGUACUUUACACACAGAACUGUAUCAUUCUACAAAUGCUGUGCCUGCUACUGGAGGAAGAUGCACUCAAAAUAAGAGCUGCUGACUGCCUGCUUAUGAUCGUCAGCAGAAAGGUGAGGAUAAGAUUCUGGGAAACUAGCUGUCCACCCAUUCCUUCUCUAAACCAACAUGAGCACAAAAGUUUGGGUUUAAGAGGGGUAGGCAGAUUCUUGAACUGGCCACCUAGUCUCCUCCCUUAUAAGCCAAUAUUGACACUUACUUCUCAUUUAGAACAAAAUGUUUGGUUAGGGGAGGGGUACGAGUGUAGGUCGAUUCUAGGCACUGCCCACUUAUCCCUCCCCUAACCCAAUGUGAACACCUUCUUUUAUUAAACGUAUGGCAAAAUGUUGAGUUAGGGGAGGGGUUGGUGGAUUGUAUGACUGCCCACCCACUCUUCCCUUAACCCAAUGUUCAAGCAAACUAACUGCUCACUUUGGGCAAAAUGUUGAGUUUAUAGGGGAGGGAUAGGUAAAAAAUUUCCCAGAAUACAUUACUGAUCUCAUUAGGCUUCAAAACGUACUAGUCCCAAUUUUCUAAUCAAACUUUACAUGACAUGAGUUAUUAAUUGAACAAGUAAGUGAUACAACAUAAGACUUCUGUAAAGAGCAAGCCCCAAAUGUGAUCAGCAUCAAAUUUCUCCCUGUUCUAUCAAUGCAUUAUGUAACAGAGGGGUCAAGAGAAUUCAGGACAUGAUCACAUAAAAUGGAUUCAAUUCAUAUUGAUACUUUGAAAACUUCUCCCCACUAUUUUUGAGAUGUAUAGGGGCAGCAAAAGAAAAUUCAAUUUUAAUGAAAUUAGGUGGUAAAUAUGUGUUUUGACAUUAAGCAAGCCCAGAUCCAUGAAAGGAUGUGACCAUUUUCCGAAAAUGUGAGAACCCAUAAGGUACUGUAUGUUUCUAGAGGGGGUGGGUCAUGCAUUCGAUAAGGACCAGUCAAACUAAUAAAAGUGUCAUUUCCCUUUGACGUUUACUGUAAAACAGUAAAAGCUAAUAUAGAAUUGUUUAAUGUGAAUAUUCUCAAUAAAAAAUUGGUUCUAGGGAAAGUCAAGUGAAAGGACACCAUUGCUAAAACUGUUCAGUGAGGAUGCCAUGAGCAUCAUGCUGUCUGCUGCCCAGUAAGUAUAUUCAGAGAUAUCAUUAAUACAAUAAUAUGUAAUUAAAAAGGAUUGGAAUUGACACUUUUACAUAGAGUAGAGCAUUUUAUUUUGAAUUUGAAAUGCAUCCCCAAAAUACAUAUAAUUCAGAAUACUAGAAGUAACCACAUAAAGAUAUUCAGUCAAUCAGUCUGUUGAUCGGUCGAUUCAUUGUCAGUUGGUCAUUUGUCAGUCAGUCAAUUAAUCAAUCAAUCAAUCAAUCAAUCAAUCCAUCAAUCAAUCAAGCAGUCAAUCAAUCAAUAAAUCAAUCAAUCAUUCAUUCAAGAAAACAAAGAAAAUCACUACUAUGACUGAAGAUUGGGAAUGUGAUUCAGUCUUUUAGAAGAAUGAAAACUUUUGCCUUCAUGAUUGUUGUUAGAGUUAUUGAGCUGUUGAAGAGUAUAAUACAAAGAUGUGGAAAAGUGUGUUGUCUGAUGUUCAGUCAUCUUAACUUGGCAACAAAAAAAUGUCAUAUUAAGCAAAAGAAAGUUUCCACCUUGCAUAGUUUUUGCACAUUUCCACAGAAUCAUGAUUCUAAGGCAUCAUUAAAUAAUUUUUUCUUGAUGCAUUUUUUAGGAGAUCAGUUACUGCAGAAUUUGAUGAAAGACAGUAUCUUUUCUUGAAAAGAUUGUGCCAGGUUUUGGUGACCUUAGGUGAAGCACAGCUCUUCCAUUUGUGGGUAAGAGGAUUUAACACAAGUUGUUCUGUGGAAGUUUGUAGAUUAGUUAUAAGGAUUACAGUCACUGUAUCGGAAUUUUGUUUUGAAUGCUGUUGGUUAAAAAUCAUUGAAAUACCAAUGGUACUGUAAUGUGUCUUCAGGGCUCUUACAGUAGAUCAAACAUGUUGGUCCAAUAUUAUCUGGAACAUGUUGCUCCAACAUCAUCCACAAUGUUCGUCUAACAUCAAUCAACAUGUUGGUCCAACAUCAUCAAACAUGUUGGUCCAAUUCUUUCAAUAAUACUGGAAACAUGUGAACACCUUGUAUGGAGAACAUGCAUGGUGAUAUUAAGGUUUAAAGGGAUGAUCUGAUAGGCUAAAUAUUGCAAGAUAGGAGAUGAUGUGUCAGUCAUAAGGAGCCACUGUUUAUGUUGAUUUUCUACUAAUGUUUGUUCUUUAGAAUGCUACUUAUCCAAAUGAGAAACCUCCAAACUUCAAACAAUAUUUGGAAGCACUUUUAGCAUUUGCAAAGCAUGAAAGCUUGGUAAGUUAUUACAAAUUAAUGGGUUUCUUUUGUGUUUGGACCCUCAAUCUGAGAACUUCCUUUUGAUUCUUGCUCUGGCCAGUGGCUAAAAGUGUCAAUUUAGUAUAUACCUCCAGUCUGUAAUCAGUAAAUUGCUCUGUCAAAUAGUCAGUAGACAGAAAAAAGGGGCCUAAUCAGUUAAUUUGUAGAAUGCUCUUUUAUUUUUUGCACAUUAUCCUUCCCACGAUGUAGAACAUCAUUUUUAGGAAGUCAAAGUUUCAAUCAAUUGUUGCACAAGCUAACAAUUUUGUCACAAAUGUGUCACAAGUCAUAUCAGUUUUAUACCAAAAGUAAGGUAGUAACAAAGGUCAGUAAAAGCAUUCUCAAACGAAGUUAGAUUUGAUUACAAGCUAUUAUUAGUCUGAGGGUAGAGAAAAUAGUCUAGAUAAUCAAGUAGCCAGGUUAACUGAGGAGUGGAUCAUCAAGGCUUAACUGCACAUACCUGAAUAAUACAAUAAUUGUACAGCAUUUACAGGCUUGUUACUGGCAAUGAUCCCUGUUUUUUGACUUGAUUUUUUUUUCUUUGACCUUACUUUCUUUCAGACCAUAUCUCAUCUAACAAACACAGUAUGGCUUGCAUUUCUAAGAAAUCCUAUUAUAGCCAGGGAUGAAACAUAUACAUCAAUAUUUCCAGCACUCUUGGAAAUAUCGAAAGCCAAGCUUUUUAAGGUAUCAAUCAUUUUUAACUUCAUACAAUUUACCUUGCUCCUGUAAGCCAACAAGGUUAGAAGUGCAAUGUUUGUAUGUGGCUUGGUUGUGGGAGUUUUCCGCAAUUAAAGUGUUUUUUUAUGUGUCAGGGACUGAAAAUAUGAGUCCACAUUCGAGAGGUGUCUAUACAUUUUGCGUUAAUAUUACAUUUUGCGGCGAUUAUUACAUUUUGCGGCGUAACAAGGUGUCUUUAAUUUGAAAUUAAAAAUUAGAUAAGGCAAGGACGAAUUGAAGAAUUUUCCAAUUUUUCUAAUUUUGUUUAGGUCAAUCACCCAGAAGAUAGCGACUCACCUGGGAGUAUUUUUAACAAAGAGGACUUUAACAGCAUGAGGGAAUUCACUUCGGUUAAUGGACGUAAGAAUGGAUCCUUUAUAUUUUGGCUGUAAACUUACCUAAGAACAUAAUUAUAUUUCUAUGAUGUAGUUACUAUUUCCAAGUUUAUCUGUUUUACUUAAGGAAGUGUGAACUUUUAAACCAGGCUGUUUUCCUGCCAGCAUUAAAGAUGAAAGCGGUUGAUUAAAAUCAAAGAGGUGCCAAGCCAACGCGUGAAUUGCUCAUAAUUAUCAGGCAGGGAUUUACAUUUACACUAUGUUCCCCAAGCAUUAAAAUUAGAAUUUUCAUGCCACACAGAUAAUAUCUGAAAAACGAUUAGGCUGAAAAAUUUCAAAAACGCCAGUUGCAGUCCGUCUUAAAAUUGAGUUUUCAGUUUUAGCAAUCCUUGCCUUCUUUUGUGUUUGCUGUGUUGUUUAAAUCUUUUUGCUUAAUCCUUUAAGUCCCAAUACUGAUCAACAUUAAUUUUCUCCGAACAAUAUCCAUACAUUGUCAAGAGAAAAGGUUAUGAGAAUUAAUAAAAUGAUCACCAAAGCGAAAAUGCCUUGAUCUUUUUUCAAAUUCUCUCAACUAAACUUAAUGGAAAUGUAUAGAGAUUAGUAUGGAGAAUUUGUAAGUGGAUAUCGGGGCUUAAAGGGUUAAGUGCUUAUUUUUAAGUUUCCCCCAGUUUGGUACUGAUUUUUAGUGAAUAAAUUUGGUUAAAUUUCAUGAUGCACUUACUUCAAAUAAAUACACUCUCGGGGUGACACCAGGUGAAUUUAUCACAUACCCCUUCGAUCCAGGUAAACAACUCUUACUUAUUUUUUGGUUACAUGGUCGUGUUGCAGAGGUCAGAGGCGAAGUCAUGGACAUUGUUCGUCAGCUAACUCUAGUCUAUCCUGUUGAGACGUUCGUAUUUGGAGCUGGUUGGUUGUUACAAAGGGCCACUCACAUGCCUGCUCCAGAUGCUAAGAGUAAGUGUAAUGGGUUAAAGUCAAAUCUGUAUAAAAAUGCAUAAAAGGUCAAGACGUUUGCAAUGAAGUACUAGUUUUAAAGUGUGAAUGCACACAGAAUAGUGACUGUUUUAUUACGUAGAUGUAAUAAAAGAUACCUGCAAGCUACAAUCCCGGUCAUAAUUGUUGAAACGCUUGCGAGCUUUUCCUUCCCUUUCCUUUCAAUUUUGAUUUAGUAGACGUUUAUGCCCAAGCAAACGCGAGAAACCAACAUUGUGGGAAGGGGAGGGAAGUAAUAAGUGUAUUGAUGAACGACUAAGUUUAUGUUGUGUUUCCGGAAGUGUUUCAACAAAUUAUGACAGGAAUUGUAGGUCUGCCAGGCUUUAAAUUUGGAUUGAGCCAGCUAUGACAGCAACAUAAGAAUAUGAACAGGGUUUGAUGUUUGUGUUUAAUACGUGCUGUUUUUAGUCAGUGUUCGUGAAACAGAACAAGCCAUACAGGAGUGGGAUGGACUGACUCGGUACCUAGAUGCUGUAAUGUCCAGAUUUCUUAAAGUGGAAAAUCACAAGGCAAGGUUACAUUAAUGUAUUCCCUACACGUAGAAGAUAUUUUUAUGCUUCCAUUGUAGGUAUUUUCGAAUACACAUACUGUUACAUAGCACUAUUGUCAGGUGUGAAUUUUCAUCAACCCUCAUUUUCAAGACACCAACAAACUAGUAAUAUGAACAACACCAAGGCUUUGUGCUGUGUAAUCAAAGUUGCAAUAAAUGCAGUCAUCUAGAAUUUCGAACUACCUUUCCAUUCAGAAAGAUCAAAUUAGUGUUUCCAUUAACAGUCCAACGCAAAUGUUCAGAUUAAUAAGAAAGGUCACGGUACAAAUGACCAAUGAUGCCCACAUCAAUUUUUUUGAAGGCAGAAGAAAUUGAGAGAGAUGAUAAUAAAAGGCAGAGCAGACGUUAAGAUAUGUGUGUAUGUCUCAACUUUCUUAACUUCUUAUUGACAGGAAAUCAUUCAAAGCCAAGUAACAUUUCAAGGGUCAUCAGUGGGAUUUAUCGCGUUGGCCAGGAAAUGCAUUCAGGCUGUCUUGGAAGUUGAUUCAAAGGUAGGUCAUAUCCAGCUUGAAGUCAAGUAUAUUACCUUGUUAAGUGUAAUUGCCACCCCUGCAGCAAGGUGCCUCCCGUAAGAACUCAUUCAAGUGGUAAUACUUUGACAUUAGUAUUCUCAUCUUGGCGUAUUUGAAAAACGAGUCAAGCGCGCCUUGAGUUUCGCUAUAAGCUAGCUUGAACAGCAAGUAACCAAGGAAAAUUGAGCAGGGAGCUAAUAGCGUCUGACCUUCUGUAAACAUUUAUCUUUCCUUUCUAUGAUAUGUUUUCAUGCUUUUGUUACCAGUUCAGUUUAGCACUCUGGUUGUGCUUCUUUUGUUUUUUAACGUUUCUGAUUUUUCCUUUCGAGGUGAACGAAAGCUAAUGAAAGCUACACUUUUUUCAGAUCUCAGAUAUCCUUGCAAGUGUAACAGAUGCCAUUCAAGCUUUUUAUCCUUUCCUACAACACAACAAAGACUUGGUUAUGGAUGUCUUAAGAAAGGUAUCACGCAGUUAACUUCAGCUGCGUAUUUGUUUUGGUUUAAAGUAACAUGACAUCGUACUAAAGAGUUGCGAAAAGUAGGCGGAAGUGAAUGUGGACAUAUCUUACGCUAUUAAAAGGGAGGAGUUACACCAGAGAGUUUGGUAGCGUUUUUUGGCAGAAGACACUAUCUAUCGUGGAUGUUGAGUGUCCUGUGCAGUAUUCAGAGCAGUUUGGCCUUUUCAUUGCCUUAAGUAUUUUUCGAAAAGCCUGUGACUUAGUACUAUUAUAGAGGCUGUACUGAGGCGCAAGUUCGUUGCAAGUUAAAGGGAGACUGAGAGAGCCGUUGGCUGUCGGGCUAGAGGAACAGAUUGUAGAAGUGACCAUUUUAAUAGCGUAACCUCGCUGGCCUUAAAAGAAAGUUCAACCUAAAGAAGAAAAUUGCAAAGAAUGAAGAGGACUACCAUCCUUAAGCUAUGUUGAACUUUAUCAUUUCGAUUGAAGACCACAAGCGAAAUUCUAAAAAUCAGAGAUCCCAUAUAGUAACUGUUGCCCAUAAAUAUUGAAUAAUUAUUGGAUGAUGUUUUUUUGAUAUCCGGAAUAAUCAAGGUCGGGGUAAGUGUUAUCAGCUGAGCCGAAGGACGAGGCUGAUAACACUUACCGAGACCUUGAUCAUUUAGGAUAUUACAAAAACCGAAUCUAAUAAUUGUUUUCUUAUACAUUGUUUUGAAGAAAAUAAAGAAAAACACACCGUCGCAAGGAACCUGAAUUGAUAUUGUUAUUCGAAAUCAUGCAUUGCGCGCGCAACUUACAGAAUAGUUAGUUAUCUGCUAGACCAUAGGUUGCGCUGAUUUCCAAAAUUAGCUGUAGGCUCUUAGCCAAUGAGAAGACAGAUGAUGCGUACAAUGUAUAAUAUAUUUACAUAUCCACUUCCAGGAGUGGAUUCUAUAGUGCAUUCAUUAUCUUGGGCAAGGUGGCUCCUUAAGGUGGAUAUUGGCUUGCAAACUGGAAAGCAAAUUUCCAGGAAAAGCUGCAUUUUCUGCUGCAAACGGGUCGGGUACUAAUGAGUAAUACCCCUUUUGGUUUGUGUAAUGCUCCAGAUACUUUUCAAUGUCUAAUUUAAUCUGCAUGUGCACGUUUGCCCUAGAAACCGCCCUUUUUCGCAUGCUCUCAAAGGUAAAAUAACUUUUUGUGCUGUAGACUAAAGUGUACCUUAGCCUCUCCAUCAGUCAACGAACAUUUUGGACCUUCUACCAGUCAAUGAUUUUGGAAAAAAUUGUUUGCAGUAUUGCAAAUGACACUGAGAAUGAUCCCUACCUGAUCAGUCAUAUUAAGUGGCUGCUUAUGUCUUGGAGAAAAGGUUUCUGACCUGUUGCAGAGUGCCUCGUAACCUUUACUCUGGUGAAAGACGUAAAGUUGAAACUUCACUGAGCUAAAUAACGUUCGGAGGGUCCAACUGGAUAGCAUGGAUAAGACUUAACAGAGCCCUCAAGGGAAGAUUAUAAAAGCAUAGGCCUCAUUGGUAUUAAUUUUGUGUAUGUCUUUUUUUUUUCAGGUGUUUACAGUAGUUUUGUUUAACACAACUGGAAACCCUAAGGUAUUAGUCAGAUGAAAGUCAUAAUUUGCCAUUUUUCCUUUAUCACUACAUUUUCCUUUUGUGGGUCCCUUUUUCUCUCUUUUUGAUUCUGUUAAUUACACAAGUGCUGUUUGGUGAAGUGAUGAUUGGUUGAUGUGUGAUGUGCAGAGAGACAUGGGUGUACUGAAAUCCGAAUUGAAAAGAUUGUUUUUCUGCAUUCGAUGUAUUUCCAAACCCAAUGGUAAUCUGAUUAUCACCUUUUUUAUAUGGACGAUUCUUAAGUCCUCAAUCUGUUUAUAACUGACGUUGAUAGCAUGUGACUGCUGUAUAUUUAUAAUUUUACGAGUCAUCUUCCUUUUUUCUCUUUAGGGUCCUUGGAGUCUUGAUGUUCUUCAUGCUCGCCGCCAUGCAUGUAGUGCAGUGGUGAAACUUUGCAAAGAAUUUGGAGGAUUGCUUGUGGUAGGCGUUUUUCAUCAUGGAGUAAGGGACCUGACCAUUUUCCUGUGGUAUCAUAUAUGAUGAUAGGUUGCCCGUUUCUUUGCUCCCUACAUAACUCUUUCUCGUUUCUUACCCGUGCUUGUUUCGUUUCAUUUUCUCCUAUUGCUUGAGUAUUUUUUCUCCAGUAUAUUUAUAUUGAAUUAUUUGUGUCUCUCAAUUACCGGAAGUGUGUGCAAUUUUUUUUAAAAAAUGUAGAAAGUCCAAAAGCUUUGAACUUACGGAAGUAAGUCAUUUAUAAGGGCCACAAUCGCCUCCAACGCACAGUCCAGCGCUUUGUGGUUUUGUUGUAGAGAAAUUAGCGUCCCUGAUAGCAAAGUCUUCCUCCCCGUUGUAUUUGAAUCGGAGAUGAAAACACAAUAAAAAAUAACACUGCUGGCAGUUUAGGAACAAGGCCAAGCACGAAUUUUAAGGAUUUAUUCCAUACACCUUUUCUUGGUUUUCAGCCUGUUUUUGGUGCUCUGAAACAACAUGUACAUGCUUUAUUUGAGGAAGAACUAGUAGCUGUCAAGGAAGCAAGCACCUUAACAGAAGCAUUAGUGAUUGCCAGGUAAGAUAAACUUGUUUUCAUUUCCCCAGAUUGGUGGUUCCAUUUUUAAUUGUAAUUGUAAUUAAUUUGUAAUUGUUAAACUAAUUUGGAGCACUUAGGAGUUCUUAAGAACUCGCGGAAAUGUGUCCAGAUCGAAUUGGAAUCUGGACUUGUUGGUUUUAAAGCAGAGGGGAAACCGGGGUACCCGAAGAGAAAUCUCUCGGAGCAAGGGAGAGAACCAACAAACAAACUCAACCCACAUAUGGAGUCAGCGCCGAGAUUCAAACCCAAGCCACACUGGUGGGACGCGAGUGGUCUCAGCAUUGUACCACCAUUAUCACCCAUUGUUUUGAGUCACCCACUUACUUUGCAGCUUUCACCCAGUGGACAUAGGCACGAUUUGGGAACUAAUUUGUUGUUUGUUCCCUACUGUCCCAUUUUUUGAAUAGCAAUCAUCUGGGUAAAGAGAAACAAGAUGCAUUUCUUAGUGAGCUGAUGGCUCCAGUAAGGGAAAUCUGGAUGAGUGAAAGAAUCCAACGGUAAGUUUGUAAGGUUCAACCUCUGUAGCCAAGAGUUGAUUCUAGAAGAAUGGACGUAGUCCUAAGUUUGGAGAGUGUGGGUUAAAUUCUACAGAGUGUGAUCAUUAAAAUCGCUAUUUAUGAGUACUUUGGCAUGAUGCUGCUCGUCGUGAAAUAUUGGACAUGCUAAAUGUAACGAUUUUUCGGUUUUUCCGUUGGGAUUCUCUUCAGAGUGAAACCAGUAGAUCAAGGAAUUUAACCCUGCUACCUUGUCUCACUUAUAAAAGAUCUAAAUUAAAAACUCAGGUAAAAAUGGCAAUUUUUGCCCUGUGAAUAGGUGGCAAAGUAACAUUUUAACGGUACAAGAUCAUGAACGCAUGUUACUUAAAUGCUUAUGUUGUUUUUAUUUUGUCAUUCUCGCAUACUCCGUAAAAGUCUUCUCUGUAGUUAGCAUCUUCACCUCUAUAAGCAUCGCAUACUCCAACGUAGUUACUAAUACAUCAGUCUAGAUAAAGGACGGUUUUUAUUCAUAUUCUUUUUAGUGAGUAAGUAUAGUUAGACUACCUUGUUAUUCUAAGUCCCAGUAUCCACAUACUGAUUCUCCAGACUGAUCUCCAUACAUUUCGUUAAAGACUUUUUUGGGAGAAUUUGAUUAAAGAUCAAAGGAUUUUCCCUUCGGUGAUCAUUAUGUCAAUUCUCACAACCUUUUCUCUGAAUGACGUAUGAUUAUUGUUUGGAGAAAAUUGAUAUCGACACUGUAUUAUUCUUUUCAUGGACAGGGCUAUCUCAUCUCCAGCCACCUUUGUGUCAUUUAUUGGACUGGACCAGGACCCCGCCUUGUUAAACCAGAAUGGUACUGAGAGGUUUUCUUUUAACUUAAAGAAUACGUUAAAAUUUUCCGGUAAACCAAGUUAUCAGAGGACAUUCAGCUUUGUCGGCAGUUCUUAUAAUAACUUGAAGUUUACUUAGUAAUGUUAUGUUUGAUGUUGGUUAACUUUCUGAAGAAAAUUAGCUCAAUGUACUCGUAAAUGGGCGAAUGCUGACAAGAUUAAUCGUCAAUAUUCUGUCUUUUCAGAAGAGUUGAAGAAGAGAAGAUUUGAUGUGAGUAAUGAUGUAGCGAUGUAAAAGACCACAACAUAAUAACGUUACCUCAAGUAGUGUAAAAAAAUCGUAGUUUUAUGGCCAAUAGCAUGUUUUUCAGAUGUCAGAUCUUAAUUUCAGUGAAUUGAUCAUUAUCAGUCUGAGGAUUUGGCUGAAGGGAAUGUUUUGCUGGCAUCUGCACCAUUUAGUUUAAUUUCUCUGCAAAGCGACAUCUUAGUAAACUAAAACUGAAUUCCUAGGUUUGUAAUUUUGUUGUCGUGACAUCUGCCACUUGCCACUUAACUUUUGAUUCCCCAAUCUUCUGUUUUCGUUUUCAGGUUAUGUUUUGUGUCACCACCAUAAUGGCGGUUGUCCGCAGUUGUUCUUUAAUCACCUUUGAGGUUUGCAUUUACAUACAUUGUUUUGCUUUAUCAACUCGAAAAUAGCUCACGACAGAUUGUUUAUUUCUAGGGAGAUAAAAUAAAUACACUCCUCGUAUAUUUUCCCUGUAUUUAUUUUGCUUCCAUUAGAAAGUCCUACAAUACAGCUGGAUAGUAAAAGAGCUCCUAAUAAUCUCGAAACCGCCUUUGUUUGAGCUUAAAAGUAGAGAAAAGGCAAUUGAAAUAUUCAAUAGAUUUUUCUGUCGCAUUAACAUUUUUUGCGUUAGCAUUCUCCGUGUUUUACGGUUUACGCACUGGAAUUAUAAGUGGCAUUUUUCUCAUGCUUAAUUUAAAAAUGAAUACCUUCCUAACGGUUUACGGUCGUUUCGCCUACGAGUCGUUUCGCGUACGUGUGGGUCAGUUCCCUAACUGCUUUCACCUGAUCAGUGGCUGAAAGAACGAGGUAUACACUUGCGUAUCGCACUACUUUGUAGCCUGGCUGAGAGAACGAAGCAUAUACUUGCGCAGCGCUCGUUUCGCUUCUUAGCGGAACGACAUAAGACGUUAGCGAAACGAAUCGUGGGCCAAACGACCGGUCACCAUCCUAACACUUGCAAUGCUAAUGGUCUGUUGUAAACUGGUUAUAACUUGUUUCUGUGCAGACGGCGACCAGAGAGGGGCUGUCCAUUGGGUCGAUGCCUAAUGGGACUCCUUAUGUGCACAAUCCCUGUGCACCGUAUGUUGUGCCAUUACUCGGCAAUCUUAUGCUGCUAGCAAAGUAAGUGGUUUGUCUUUAUAGCAAGUAAUUCCACUUUUGUGGCUGUCGGCUAAGGCAGAGUCGUUAUGUAUGUUCUUUACAACAAGUGGUUUUAUCAGGAGCCACAGCCUAUGGUGUGUGUGAUACGUGUCCUCAAAAAGAAGGGAAUCGUCUAUUCAGAGUCGUGUUCGUGUUGCUUUUUGGAAUCUAGUUGAGCGACAACAGCUCCGCAAGAUCAAACAUGAGUCACUAACAAGAGUUUUUUUAAAAGGGAAACAUAGCAUGAGACAUUGUACGCUACACUGAAGUAUUUUAUCCCCAGCAGCCCUUUUAAACCUUGGUUACGUAAUGUUCUACAGACCUUAACAGUGUAGUGGACUCCCUUCUGAAACCGUGUCAUUCUUCAGUCAUUUGUUUUACUAUUCGUCAAGCAGAGUCCUUUCUAAGACGGACAUAUGGCUGUUACCCCUCAGAGAUAGCUGACCGUAGUAUUAAUUUAGGUUAUUCUAAUGUAGGUGUUUCAAUAGCCUGUAUGAUCCUGCGAUAAAAAGAAGUAUGAAGGGAGACUACCUGGCUGCACUAGACAUGCACGACCUUGACACUAGUGCUAUUUAUGGUGAGGAAUACUUUGCUAGUGAGAUAACAGUUUUGAGCCUCUCUAUGGGUAACUAAGGACGUCGUUUUCAUCGCUCGUUUUCCGUAAAAUGGUCGCAUAUCAAGAAUUGUUUUACGCGUUAACGCUACUAGUGAGCUAGAACAACCACGAUGACAACGACGGAAACAAAAACUUGAAAGCAACAGGUUAAAUAAGAAGAACGUGCAGCACAAUUUUUGGUAGAUUUCUUUGCCCGCCAUCGUACGACGUAUGUUGUCAAACGUGAUCAAAAAUUGUCAAUGCAAACGUCUCUUUAAUCGCUAAGAUCUUCGUUUGAUCAAUAGCGAUCGUGGCGACUUCGAUUUCUUCGGAAAUACCCAUACAGAGUCUUAUUUGUAAUAAAUGGAAUAAUGUGAUAUAAGAGAUGAACUCAGGAAAACCUCUGAGUCGCAAAUGGGAAUUGAAACCAUGAUACUCCGUACACUAGUGUGAUGCUUUAACCACUGAGCUACUGAGAACUGGAUGGUGAGCAAGUCAUUUGUGGGCUGACAUAAUUAUAGCAGCGCCGUCACAUUAUGUAAAAUUUGGCUGUGACUAUUGACAAAAAAAAAAUAAAAAUGAUAGUAACUCCCACAAGUUAACCAACGUGGCCGCCGUGACGUCAUGUGAAAACGCUCUUUAAGGGUGAAAAUGUCCUUUUAUAUUAGCGGCACUAACCUACCCACCACAUUCUUAAUUUUUUUUUUUCAGUUCUUUCGCAUGGUCAAGACAAAGAUAGAAGUGGAGUUCCAACCGUUUUUAAACCGAUUCAUGCCACAAAAGCCUACCUUUAUUACUUAGCAGAUUCAUGGUUCGUACUAAAAACGUUAAAUUGUAAUUCUCAAGCACGCACUUAACGGAGAUGUUUUGAUAGAAAUAAGGCUCAGUUAUUAAUGUGCGAGUGUCUAAAGGUAAUUGAUUUAAAUUAAAUGCUUAUUGAAUCAUACAAAGAAAGCUUCUGUUGACUUUAAGAAAGUGAUUGAUUUCCUUCGAAAGUUUCUUUUAUUUUACUACGAUAAGCCUUUCUAUUGGCCAGCGUCGCAGAGGUAAUGUAACCCUGGUUAGUAACGCCAGCGAAGCAACGCCGAUUUUCUUGUUCUGGGUCCUUUAAAGGACUCGACGAAUUACUGGAAAUGCGUUUCGAAUUUCCCCUUCAACUUGAUUGGCAAAUCGACAGUACCACUUAUAACAGGCCUAUCAUGGCACGUAUUCAAAUCCUGGUACACAGGUGGGUCCAAAACAAGGAUUCGGUGCCGUUUCGCAGACCGACUUAACCAGAAGUUUAGUUUUGUCUUUGACACAGGCUACCCUUUUUUGACUCGAUGUUAUUUGGAAUUGCAUAGUGCCAACAGUAGGACAGAAACGCAAUUUUUCGUUCCAGAAGUAGGGGUACCUUUGAAGGCUGGACGUAAAAAAAAAUGAACUCAUGCAUUUUGAGCAGCAGUGUUAAGUGAAAACUCGUUGCUCUAUUGACGUUAAAUAUCGCUUAAAAAGAGCAGGAGCAUACGUCGAAAUGGUUAGAGGGCAUGUUCAAAGAAAAGUGGAAGUCAAAAAUUUGGCUUAAAAUCUCAAUCGUAUCAAAUGAGUUCUAUUUUACAACAGAGCCAGCUUACCGUGAAAAUUCUAUCAUUCUUGAUCAUUUCGGGAGGAGCAAGCUUUGAAUUAAAAAUAGCUGAUUGCUGGGCUUAAACAUUUUAAGCAGGUAGCUCAAGGAUCAUGUGAUUCUCUGGUUUUACUAGGUUAUAAUUUAGCGCAGUGAUGGAAAGUUGUGUUUCUCUUCAGUUGAAUAGCGAAUAAAAGGCAAAUCGAAAAAGCCAAAUUUUUACUCCAGUUAUUUUCAAAAGCUUUGGGACUAGUUUGUUACUUAUGCUACGUAAGGAAUCCCUUAAAUAGAGGUUUUCUUAAAGAAAAUCGGAUAUCAACAUUGAAUGUCGCUUCAACCCAUCUUCCACCUACCUCUUUACAUUUAUUUUGUCCACUUCUCAUUCUAUCUCGUUAUAUUUUUCCAUCUUCUCUCUUUUUUGAUAUUUUAGCUACCAUGCUCUGGGAUAUGCUGGAGCCUGUCUUACCCAUGAUUUUUACAGCAUUCCUGGCCUACCAGAACUCAUUGUAGAGAAUGUUGUGAAGUCUUUAACAUAUGUUCCCAACUACAGACUGAGGUUUGUUGUACGUAUCCUUUGAAUAAACUUAUGAGAGUUAUUAUUUUCUUCUGUGUCGCAUCAUUACACAGUAGAGGGUCGCCAGGUCGGAUGAACCAGAAGGAAAGGAAGUGGGAACAAGGACAAUAGGUAGCUUAAGCAACGCCAUCGGCGACGGCUACGAAAACGUCACUUAAAAAGUGAAUUCGCUCUGCCUCAAACUUAGUCACGCUUUGUCCAUCUCGUUCAAUUCGUCAAAUGUUGUCAAAUGUUUUUGGACUUGAAUUCUAAAAUACCGUAUCAAGGUUCAGGAAAAGAAAAAGAAAGUUGUCGUCGUGUGUUCUCGUCCUCGACAAAACGUGAAAUUAGGCACUUUCACGUUGUAGUCGUGCAAUGACGGCUGAGAAGUGUACAAAAAAAGCGUGAUGCACGUGCAAAGUUGUGGUUCUGUUAAUCUAAACCUAUUGCUUUUUUGCCGUUGUCGUUGCCGUCAUCGUUAAGCUCCCUAAUAGGACUUAGGAAGCUGAAGGAAAGGAAUUAGGAGCCAGAUUUUUGAACACUAUGAAAUAUGAGGUGACUGAGAGUCAGGGAAAGGAUUGGGUGAGAGCCACUUAGUUAGGGAUAGGAAACGAGGAAACUAGAAGUGGGAACCAGGAGAGACCUGGAGACUGGCGUUUUUAAGAGAAGGUGGAGGCCGGAAGACUAGAAGGGUCGGGGAUAGGACAGAGGUGGCUGGGAUUCCGGGUCAGAUGUUUUGUGAAUCGGAACAAUGUAAAGGAAAAAAAGAUAAAAGAAGGAGGAUGGGCAAGCAAAGGUAGAGAUCUCAAAGUGGAAAGAUAGGAAGAAAUUCAGCGAUAUUAUUAUGAUAUUACUUUCUCACAGUCCCUGAAUGUAUUCCUUGACACCACAUAUCAGGUAAUUUUAUGAAGUUGUUUAUCUUGCACUGCCCUGUGUAUCACCAAAUGAACGUGGUUGUUCCUGUACUUUCACUUUUCUUCACCUGGAUGGAUCAGGUACCUUUUAUUGAUGUAUAUCAGGCUGGUUUUUCGCUUUAUUAUUCUAAGACAAUCCGUAAAAAAAAACUCAAAAGGAUAAUCUUUUUAUUGAAUUAUUUAUCUUAAUUGUGUGUCUGCUGUUUUAGCAUCUUGAAGAACAGUGGGAGAUUGUCAGACAGCACCAAGCCGACAGGUUAGCAAUGAAAAUAUGUGAUAUUUAAAGCAAAAUUGGGAAUUGCAAGUAGAAUUGUACUGUACAGGAAACUAUCGUUAUUGCAGGCAUCCUUCGGACUGAAAAUUAAGGUCCUUAUUAGAAAGAGUCCGUAAUAGUUGGGUGCACAGAGGGCUUUUUUUUUGAAAAUUUCUGAGAUAAAUAAAAUGGUAUACAUCUACAUUGAAGUUAACACCAUUUGACUCUAAAGUCAGCUUUGCGAUGGUUUCGAGUGAUGUACAGCAGAAGUGAAAAAACAGACAAAGGAAAUGAAUUUCAGUUGUGUUCAACUGCUAAAAAAUGCGGCCCGGUAUCGGUAAGGAAAAUCGGCUUUUUUUUAAAGUGAAAGCUGUCGUUAAAUCCACAGCACAACUGAAAUGGAUGAGGAAGAAGACAACAUGGAAUCCAAAGAGAUCAUUGAGGACCAGUUGGUGUCGAUCAUCAGCAAGGAUUACUUGGAUGUUUUCAGUGAGUACCUCAUUUUGCUUGGUCUAUCCAAUUGCCUUGCACUGGCAGAUAUUCAACUGUUGUAUUUGUUUCUCAUUCGGUGUGAUCGCCCAUAUUUUUACUUUAGUAUUGAUGUUGUUCUGCUGCGUUUUUGCGUUACUUCUAACAGCUUUUUGAGUCCUUUUACCUUCUUUGUCACAUUACAAAUCUUACGUUUUGCUAACUUUGGAAAAGAUACCUCUGGGACAAGGUUAUCUACGUGUAACAAUCACUUAAGGCGGGUGCAGAAAUUGUUCUGCCAUUUGGUCUUUCUAGCACCCCAGCUGCGUUUCAGCAUUUGAUGGAAUCCUCUCUUGCAUGGAGGCUGAUGCAAAUUAAACUAAUUGUACAAGUCAUGUCGAAGGACUGCUAAAGGUUUCUGAAUCAUUUCAGCUUUAGCGUGUGUUUUAAACAAAGAGAGCGAUGCGUCGACGGGAAUGGUAGUCGCAGAAGAGGACGAACUUAAAGGUAACUUCAUUAGACUAAUGAUUUUAGGAUCACUGUCUCUGUGGUGAUUUGUUGUGUGCUGUGCUGUAUUUCUUCUUUCUUAUUUGGUACAUGACAGUUAGUAAAGAAAAGGAAAAUGCUCUGAUUCGUAGCAUUGUUUAUCUUGACUGGAUGUCUAAACAGUUUGUUGACACUCACUACAGACUGCUCUGAUAUACCCCAACUUGAUGUAUACAAAACGUUAUGUGCAAUUAACGUUAUGCGCAAUUCCCUUUUCGUAGGAUUAGAUGCUAACAAUGCCAAGUUAGGAUCAAUGGGAAGGUUGCUUUUGAGAACUGAGGUAGUAUAAAGUAACUGAUCCUUUCUUUUCCCCCGUAAGUCAAUUUUGGAAAUGUCGAAUAAACUACUAAGAUGGUCAAUACAGAAAAGACAUUAGUUCCUAAUCACAAAUAAAAGAUGACAAUGUGUUUAGUUACCUGGAAUUCUCUGCUUAAUCAAAGUACCUUUCAUCCUAACAGUCUGCUCCCAAAAGGUGAAGUGGUUUUCACCCCCACCACUUGUAUUUUUCCCUAUUUUGAUGACUAAGCUACACAAAUCCUAACAUUUCAGAGUGUGAACAUGCAAGCACUGUGUACUGUUUUUCAAAGUAUGACCUGGCCUGAUUCAACUGUCUGCUAUAAGGCCACACGUCUUGCUACUGCCUUUAUCAAAGAAGUGAGUAUUACAUUAUCUAAAAAAUGAAUCAAUCAGUCGAUAAAUAACGAGAUUGUCAACAAUUUCGCAUCGACUAGAUGAGGAGAACCAAUAACAAACUCAACCCACAUAUAGUGUUUUUUCGUUUCAUCGUCGUCGUUGUGUCGUCUCGUAUCUACUCAAUUGAAAGUCGCAAAUGUAGAUAACAUUACCAAUAAAUGCCGUUCUCGAAUAAACUCAGCACAACUCAGCAAAAAGAAAAGCAAGACAUUGGACUUUAAGCAUCUUUCUAUUUUAGAUAAUAUUUACAAAUGAUUCACUGUCAUUGUUUUCAGUCAGGAUUAAAGAAAAUGAAUAAUACGAUUUUGAAAUAAACGCCGUUCUUGAAUUAACGCUGCAUCGGAAACACUUUAAUCGAGUAAAUACCUUAAUGGCCAUUUGGGUGUUGUUACAUGUCCCUGUGGUUAUUGUAAUGGAGUUACUGAUCUUGUUACAUUUCACAAAAGUCCUAAGUGAGUUAUGUUGUAUCACAUAGUCAACUGACAUUCUCUUUAUUUUGCCUCUCAAGGUUGUUGUCAUGUCACAACGUCAACUGACAUCCUCUUUAUUUUGCCUCUCAAGGUUGUUGUCAUAUGCAAAGAAGCUGGAACUAGGUUAGCGGACUCUGUCGUUGAACAGUUGUUCACUCAAGUCUUGAAGGUGGGUGCCAUUUUAACUUAACCUCUAACAACAAAUUGCCAUCAUUGACAUUGCUGUGCCUCCAUAGUAGUUGAACGAAACAGUUGAAGGUGGUGAAAAGGUAGUGAACCUAGGACCUGUUAUUUUAACCCCCGGGAUACUUAAGGAAUAUUUGGUUGGGGAUAUGCCGCUGGGAUACUUGAACCCUUACCCUAUGCAAGACUUAGUUCAGGUGAUUUGCCAUCUUACACCAGAUUAAACUCACAAUAUCCUCCCUAUGCUAGAGUUGCUCUUUUCCCGCUUUCCCUGGUGUAGAUUGUUUCUUGGAAAAUGAUACCCUAUAAUAGACUCAAGCCCUCUGAUUUCCUAUACCCUACCUAUUAUGUUAACUACGGUGGCCUUUUCAUUUCGCAAACGCUAUAAACAUCAACUGCUAUUUCCUAUUAUUUCCCGUAUUUUGAACUAACCAAAGACGAACGUGACAAUCAGGUUAAAGUUGAAGAAAGCGUCCUUAGUUUUCCAAUUAGUGGUAGUUGUGGUGGACAUAUGGUCUGUCUUUUUUAAAUUCCAAUCGAAUGAUACAUAGUCUGGUGAGUAGUAAAAUUAAUAGCACAUUUUGCAUCUCCCAUUGCAGGGUCUUCACGUUCAAGGUCACUGCUUUACUGAAACGUACCUGACUUACGCUGGACAGACAAUGUACGAACUUCUGGUAAGAAAAUCUAGAAUCUUGUUUCACGUGACCACCUGUCCAUGCCACAUGCCAACCAAUGUAUGGCUUUCCGAUAGAAUGAUGUAUGGCAUUCAUGCCAAGAUCUGUAGAUAUGUCUGAACGGGGCAUCCGCUGGCUAGAGUCACGUGGUCGUAUUGCGGGUGCAGAUAAACCACCUAUUGAGGUCACAUUUUUAAGAUGUCUACUGAACAGAUAAUAAUUUUUGUUUGGAAAACGGUCUCAAGUUUUUUUGUCUGACAUAUUUAGUUACCUUGGUAUUGUUUGUGUUUAAUUUUGUAGUAAUUUUUUUCAAGUGAAUUGUUUGUGUUAAAUGGGAGCUCCACUUGUCGGCUUAGCUAAAUUUAUAUAGUACAGUCUAGUGCUUUCCUUAGUAACCCAUUUAAGUCCCAAUAGUGGCCAACAUCAGUUUUCUCCUAAUAUUUUUCAUACAUCAUCAAGAGUAUAGGUUAAGAGAAUUUAUAAUAUGAUCACCAAGGAGGACAUGCUUUGAUCUUUUAUCAAAUUCUCUUAACUAAUCUUUCAAGGAAAUGAUGGGGAUCACAUGGGAGAAUCUGUAUGUGGACAUGGGGGCUCAAAGGGGAAACACGUCAGAUCCUCACCAGUCCAUGGUCAUUCUUUGUUGCACUAAGUAAACUUUUUAAUUUCAGAGACCUGAAUACUCAUCACUGCAGCAAGUUCUUCUUCAAACUAACUGCUCCUUGGAGGAUUUGCAUGUAUGUUCAUCCAAGAGUCACUAUUUAUCUUAACCUUUUUUGUCAGAGAUAACUGUUAGCAGGUUAGUCCAGUUCUGGGGCCCGUUUCUCGAAAGUCCCGAUAAUUAACGGGCCCGGUAGGCUGUCUCCGUUUACAUUAAAGACCGAGGUUUCAAUAGUUUUGCAUCUAACACGAUAAAACUGUCAGUUAAUGAAACAAAAUGGAGUAGUUUGCUAGUCAGGACCCGCGCUCUUAUUCUUUUUAUUUCUAUUUGAAUAUUUGAUUUCGGGCCCGUAAAGUUACCGGGACUUUCGAGAAACGGGCCCCUGGCCCCCAUCUCUGUCACGCAACACAUCAAGCAACGCAUUGCGUGACACAGAGAGAGAGGAGCCAGAACUGGACUGGUAACAGGUCAGAGGCCAUGUUAAAGAAUUUGUUUCCUUUUUAGUUAGAGGUGGUAAAAUUCUUCUGUUUGGAGGAGGGUGGGGUUGUGGCACCGUAUGCCAGACUGACAGACUAAUUAUCUUGUUGUUUUUAGGCUUUUGAGGCCAUGUGUUUUGAAGGAAACGAUGUUCCAGAGAAAAGAAAAAGAGAUCAGUUCAAGAAACUUGUUUCUGGAAUCGUAGGGGUGAGGAUGAUACUUCAGUUGAAUUUGUCAUUACAUCCUUUGCCUCUCUGUCAAACGAAAAUUAACUUUGAUUCUCCUUAGGCGGGCAUUUCCAAAGGCAACAUCAAUAGUGACAGAGUUUGUAUUUAUACAGUACUGUUAUCCAUCACUGUUUUGUUAUAAAUCAAAAUUCAACAGAUGCCUACUAUGAAAUCAAGUCGAAUUUUAUGGUAAUUAGCCGAUAAGAUAGAAUUUUUUCUCAUCAGGGUAGCCAUGGCGAUUUAACCUUUAUGUCCCAAGGGUGAUCAACAGCAAUUUUCUCUCAACAACAACAGUACGUCAUCAAUAGAAAAGGUUGUGAGAAUCAAGGAAAAGAUCACCAGCGUCGAAAUUCUUUGAUCGUUCAUUAAAUUCCCUCAACUUACAGUAUUCUUUAAUGUAUUGAGAUUAGUUUGGAGAAUUUUUAAGAGGAUGUUGAGGCUUAAAGGUUUAAAGUUAAUCCUUACGCCAGGUCUUACAAACGAGGCAAGUCAAGCGUAACCCCCCCCCCCCCCCCCACUUCCCAAAAUUGCAUUAAUGAAUCGACUAUUUGAAAAAUGAAUCCGUUACCAGUCUCUAAUUCAAAUCUGUAUUCCUGCAUGCGUAAUGAGCAGUGAAUUUUUUCACGAUAAUUCCUCUGUAUCCGGUCAGAUUGAAAAAUGGAUAAAAUUGUUUUGAAGACAUUUGCACCAAAUUUAAGAAAACUGAGCAGGCAGAAAUUUCAUUUCGACCUCGCGUGUGAAUUCACUGUUCGUUACGUAUGCAGAAGUGCAGAGACGAAACUGAAAUCUACAACUACCAACGGACUCAACCUCUGAAUAUUAAAUUCAUUAAUGCAGUCUUUGGGGGUACGCUUGACCUGCCCUGACUGUAACUUCAAAGGUGAUUAAAAUUUGUGGUUUAUGAAAGUUAUCAUUCCUGCCAAAUAUGUUUCCUCCUUUGAAGUUUGUAGCUGAUUGUUAAUGGUGCUUGUUUGACUUGUAGAAAAAUGUUGCAGAAUUGUUCCAAAAUGAGAUCAAGAUCAAAGACCUUCCCCCAAUAAAAAUCAACUGCACCAAACCGGAGCCAACGGAGGAUCUUACAGGACUUUCUGAUCUAUUUGAGCCACAAACAAGCUAA